AUGUCUUUGAUCAAGGUUAUUGCUGCCGUCGCGGCCCUGGGCCUCGCGGGAGUCGAAGCUGGCGCUGCUCCUAUCUGCAGCGAGAUCUUUCCCCGACCGAAAGCAUACACUUGCAACACCGAAGGCUACGUCAAACAUGUUUCCGCCAGACUGAACGAACCGAUAUUCAAGGCCACCGCCGAAGCCUGCGCCGAUCACUGUGCCGAGACCGAUCAAUGCACAUCCUUUCUGUUCCGCGAAGGCCUCUGCCAGCCCUACAAAGGAUCAUUCUCGAAAUUGGGCUUUUCCGAACACAAGUCGUUCUCGUAUUGGUACGAGAUGGAGUGCUUCAAGUGCAACGAUGGCGGAGUCGUUAUCAGUGUUGAUUUUGAAGACGGCAACAAUGGCAAAUGGAAUCUUCUUGGUGGCACCAAGGAGGGUUUCUCCUUCGAUACCAAGGCGAAAGGGUUCGAUGGCUCAUCAACGGCGCUCAGAGUCGUCGAACGCACAACCAAUGGAAAGGGUCGAAUUGAAUGGGCGGAUGUAAUUCCCCUCAAGGAAGGAGCUACCUAUGCGAUAGGUUUCACCAUGAAGAACAGCAAACAGGGCACCUCCUCCAACUGGGCGCUCCUAUCAUCCGAGCUCCUAACAAUCAGCAUCACCAGCGGCCACAAAAAGAUUCUAUACACCCAACCCGAGCACCCUAAGGUCCUUGCCGAGGGCUGGACCCAGUUUCAUUCCACAUUCAAGGUUCCGGCUGGGCUAGACGAAGAGGCUAUCUUUUCGAUCGGCAUUAAGUCGAGUGGGAAAAAGAUGAAUUGGUACUUCGACAACGUCUACAUCAAGGAUGUCUCUAAAUAAUUGAGAUGCGGACACGAGAAUAGCCUAGAAAAUCCCCUGGUCAACGCAGGGCGAAACGGUC